AUGUUGGCCCUGCUGAUUCCCAUCGACCAGAUCGAGUUCAAAGACUUCUUUCAUUUCGAGUACCUGCUGUGUCCAAGGCGGUUGCUGCUGCUAGAGAGUGACGGCCAGAUGUCUCAAGUUCAACGCAACGAGUUGAAGAGAGCUAUUCCUGGGAAAGUGAUCCUCAGCUGGCCGGAGACGUGUGAACGAGUUAAGAAUCAAGAUAAGAGUGGUGCAGAGCUCAAGACGUACAUUGAAACCUCGCUAGAUGAUGCGGUAGUAGACAAGAGAGCAUUUUCAGAGCACCUCUUCACGUGCAAGAUCAUUUCCCCUUCGGACUGGAAAGCUAGCCGUAAUUCAAACAAGAGAGAUGAGCUGAUGAAGGAAUUCGAGUCAACAGUUGCGCUCCAGCAAGAUCUGGAGCGAUCGAAGAAAUCCAAGACUGUUCCCGAUGACAAGCUCAUCAAUGAAGGAAAGAUUUCUGUUCGACAGUACAUCGAAAUUAUCGCGAAAUGGAGAAUGUCUAGGAACCAGUAUCACGAAUGGCCAUACAAGGACCGCAAAGAAUAUGGUUCCAGCACGAUUGGAGAGAUCUUACAGAAACUGAAGGCGCAGUUUCGAAAGACUUACGGUUUGCGAACCACGUCAACUUUCAUAUGCAGUGUUUCAGAAGACCGAUGGCUGAUGACAAGGCAUCCUUUACAAGAGGUUUUGAUAGAUCUGAAGUGCCAAGAAAUCAAGUUUGAAGCAGAACAAGAGUUACGUGCAUCACAAGCACUCACAUUCGUACCCGAUAUCGUCCUCAGAUUUGUCAUGGAAACUGCUCUUCGAGCUAUUUGA